GCGUGUCACGUGACCACAGUUUCCAGCUUUUCUCCAGCGGGACGUAGCAACGGCACAGCUCGACACACACACACACACACACACACACACACACACACACACACACACACACACACACACACACACACACACACACACACACACACACACACACACACACACACACACACACACACACACACACACACACACACACACAGAGUCAGCGGGGAGCUCCGAGGCACACGAGCAGCGCGUCGGCGGCUGAAAAGUCACGUUAAACGCCACCAGAACCGAAAUGCGAGUCUCUAAUUCGACGAGAUAACAGCGUCCUGACUUUUGGAAGUCUUUGGACUUCGUCCUGAGCACAGACCUGUGAGAAAAGCCAGAAACUACACACUACGCUUGCCCGGUAGAAGAGCAUUUCUUCUAUCUCUGUGUGAUGGAUCACUGCAUGACAUUCAGAACGGCUCACUUCCUCCUGAUGCCAGGAAUGCCUGCUGUGUGGAGGAACAUCAUGGUGAAGAGAUCGAAACCAUAUUUCUCAGUUUGUAACAUAUUUUGACAACGAUGAGUGCCCGAUCAGCCAUCAACAAAGAGAUCUUUAUCCCACACAAUGAGAGGAUGUUGGCAGCCGUGCAGGUGAAAAGGAGGACUAAGAAGAAGAUUCCCUUCCUGGCUACAGGAGGCCAGGGCGACUACAUGACUUUCAUCUGCCUAUCAGUGACUAACAAGAAGCCAACUGAGAUCUCUAUCACAAAAGUAAAGCAGUUUGAGGGCUCUUCUUCUUUUGUCAGAAGAUCCCAAUGGAGUCUCGACCAGCUGCGGCAGGUGAACGGCAUUGACCCUAACAGGGAUUGUCCAGAGUUUGACCUGACAUUUGAGAACGCUUUUGACCAGUGGGUGGCCGGCUCAGCUGGUGACAAGUGCAUAUUUGUGCAGGUCCUACACAACACAUGCCAGCGCUACAGUGCAGAUAGAAAACCAGAGUUUGUCAACUGCCACUCCAAACUGCUGGGAGCAGAAGAUCAAUCAGUAAAUACAGUCAUUUUCCGUUGCAAGAUCUUUUUGAACAGAAUGAGGAAGACAGUUAUGUCAGAUCCAGGUGUUCUACUUCAAGCAGGUAACAGCAUCCUGCAUACUGCAGCUGACAGCGUGACUAGUGCGGUGCAGAAGGCCAGUCAGGCACUGAACGAGCGUGGAGAGAGACUGGGUCGUGCGGAGGAGAAAACUGGAGACAUGAUGAACAGUGCUCACCAAUUCGCUGAUACUGCACACAAGCUGGCCAUGAAGCACAAAUGUUAAACAGCGCCAAAACAGUUCUGCCAAAGGGUUCUACCAGCGACACUCGGACAUACCUAGAGUGGAUGGAUUUUAGAAAUAUAACACUAGUAUUAUGCUGUCUCCCCCCCACCCCACCCCCACCCCCCACUUUUUUUUUUAAAUAAAAAACCAUAUCUUCCUGGUGUUUCCAGAAGAGUAGCUGGGGUUUAAAGAUGCCUGCCCCAAUGAUGUGAUGAAAAAGCAGAUAGGCCUUUUUAUGUUUUCAGAAUCCUCUCUUCUGGAUUCUUUCUCAGAGGGAAGAGGUGCAAAGAUUCCUGGAAUCAGGGUUUGUUUACUAAAGGAAACGGGCUUCUGUGUUACAUUUAGGGCCAAUUUAACUGAAUGUACAGAAGACCACUUUUAGCCAUUGCCUAAGUGUCAUACCACUUAUGAAUCUAUUAUCCCACAAUACAUUUCAUACCAUCAGUGAGCUCUAGUCCAUAAGUGGAGAGGACUGAAUGUUGCUUAGGCAUAAUAUAACCAUUUAUAAAAAUAUACUAUGAAAAUGCUCAUAUUUUUGGUCAGAGAUUUCAUACAUCCAAUCAUGAAAUUAGAAAACAAACUCAUAAAAUUUGAAGCUGAAAUAAAUGCUUAACAAUGUAUGUAGGUAUAUCUAACCUUUAACUUUUAAAUCAAAAUUAUCAAAUACAUUGUGCACUGUUGUUUUGUUUUUGAUCAUGUUCUUCAGAUAUCAGUAGAUUGCAUUUAAAUAAAGACUGAAUUGAUCACAUGUCAAAAGUUCAUAUGUUCCGGGCUUUAGCUUUGGGAAUUAAUUAUCUAAUAAAAAUAUUAGGUAAGAAGUGUUCACAGCGGGCCUUUUGAGAUCACUUGCUUGUGAGAAACUUGUGAAAUACUUAUUGACCCUUAAAACUUUACACCACAGUUGCCAUUGAUUUUAUUGUUUUUUUUUGUUUGUUUUUUUACAACAGUUGUGUGGUAUAAAGUGGUAUUAGUUCAACAGUACUUUGUGUUACAUCCUAAUCACAGUGCAUUGCCACUACCAAUGAGCUAUUAACAGUGUAAGUGACUUUCUUUGCUCUGUAAUCGUAUGUGAUCAUGUUACAUGAUUGAUUUGCUUGUAUGGGUGAAUUGAGAUAACCUUUGAUUAAUUCAUGCUCAAAACUAUAUAAUUACAAGUUGGUUAUCAUGUAAAAUAAAUUAGAUUAGAUAUUUUUAAGAAUUUGUAUAACAUGUUUGUGAACCCCCGAGCACCUCAGUUUUAUUGGUAGCAAUAUAUCGUGGCUUUCAAAUAGUACUUAGUAACUGUAGCUGUUUACAUAAUAGCAGAAUUCAUUACAGACAGCAGCUUACUGAGUCUGAAGUGCUCGUUUAUCUCAUAUGGGGUUUUUUCAGUUUAGCAUGCAGUUAUGAUGCACUGAAAUCUUUAUCAUUACCCUUUUGCAGAAAAUUCUAAAUAACACACUGGUCAUUAUUUUAAUAAAAAUGUGAACAUGCUGACUGCAUAUGUAAUAUCAGCUGGUCAUAAAAUCCAACUGCACGAUUGUUCAAUAUUUUUUAGUGUUUUUACACAAUUCAUUUCCAGACAAACAGAUUUACAAAUUUGUCCUGAAAACGUCAUUUUAAUUGACCAUGCUAGCAGUAGUUAGUUUUUAAACUCUGUGAAUGUACAGUUUAUUGUUUGGGUUUGUAUUCUUCUUAUUAUUAUUAUCGAAAAAUUUAAUGGCUAGUCGAUUUGAGAUUAAUAUUAGAUGUUGACUUUAAUGGUAACAUACAGCAGUUCUCCAGUUCCAGUGCUGGAGGAUGAAAAUUGAAAAGAUUCUCAGCCUUAGGUUCAGUUUUUAAAUGUGGAUAAAUGUUUAAAAGAAUUCAAGUUGCACAAUUGAAGUCAAAUUUUGAAUGUCAAACACCAUUAUAGGUGAAAUAAUGACAUUGUAUUAAAUUGUAUGCUCUACAUUCCUUAAGUGCUGACAGUAAAGAAGGUGAAAAGUUCAGACGUUAGAUUAGAUAUCCAGCACAACAUGUUGAUUUAGUCCCAAUAGUUAGUGCCUUUGUCAAAUAUAUUUAAAAAAUUUGUUUAAUAGUUGUUUUCUGUAGCAUAUGCUUUAUUUGUAAAGUUUUAUGUUUGUUUUGUGUAUUCCGUUAUCUAUUCCAAAAUAAUCUCCUCAUUAAUCCCAGUUAAAAUAUCAUAGUAUUGUUUUUAUAUGAAGUUUUACAUCUAAAUCAUUUUACUAGUAAAUGUUAUAUAGUGUACAUGUUCACAUGGUAUUUCAUAACUGUAAGGAAUGUGGUUUCCCAUUUAUUUUUCAAAAGCUCCUUCUAGUAUCUCUCCAAAUCCAGGCAUGACUGAAGCACCUGUAGUGCGUAAAUAAAAAAUACUUGACAUUCGUGGCUUGUCAUUUCUCCCACAAAAUUUCAUUUCCAUUUCACUCUAUGCCUUUUGCUUUAUAUAACAGAAAUAGUGAAAAUGUGGAGCAAUCAGGGAUUCAUGCAUUUUUUUAUAUUUUUUUCUGAUUAUAUUCUUUUUAUUUAUUUAAAAUGUAUUAGUGUUUGCCAAAUGUCUGUAUGUCUGAACGUCCUGCUUUGUUAGAAUGUUUGUAUUGUGGUGUUUCCGUGUUAAUGGCAUGUUAAUAUCCAUGUCUUUUAUGUUCUUGUUAAGGGCUUUAAUCCUAUAAUUUUUCAUAUUUUAUUUUUACAUAUUGAAGGAAAGUUGCUUCAUGUGAGUAACCCAGAAGCCAGUUCUACCAAUGUUACCACUUUCAGAUAGGUACUUAGUUGCAGCCUUAAUACUUCUGUUUUACUAUGAUUCUAGCAGAACUGCACAAACUGUCUAAAACUUUGUGAAUGACUUUCACCUAAAUAUGCACUGAUCAGCCAUAACAUUAAAACCACUGACAGGAACCAAUUAACAUUGAUUAGCAUUAUCUAGUUACAAUGCAAACUGACAAGGGGUGGGAUAUAUUAAGAAGAAGGAGAACAGAUAGUUCUCAAAGUUGAUGUAUUGGAAGCAGGAACAAUGGACAAGUGUAAGGAUCUGAGUGACUUUAACAAGGGUGAUGACUAGAAGACUGGGUAAAAGAAUCUUCAAAACUGCAAGUCUUGUGUGACCCUCCUAGUAUGCAGGGAGUAUUAUUUACAGAAAAGUGAUACAAGGAAGAACGACUUGUGAGAAGACUGGUGAUCCUCAUGGGGAACAUAGGCUAGCUCGGGUAGUCCAAUUCCACAGAAGAGCAGAUGUAGCAGAAACUGCUGGUAUGAUAGAAGGAUUUCAGAACAUACAGUGCAUAACCGCUUGCUGUGUAUGAGGCUGCUUAGAUAUAUACUGGUCAGAGUGCCCAUACUGACCCUUUACCAUUGAUGAAAGGACCUAUAAUGGGCAUGUGAGCAUCACACAUGCUCAUUUCAGUAGUGUUCCCUAAUUUCAUUGUCCUUUUCAGUAGUGUUCCUUAAUGGCAUUGUCCUGUUCAGUUGUGUUCCCCAAUGGCAUUGUCCACUUUAAGGAUAAUGCUCUCGGCCACACUGAAAAAGUGUUCAGGAAUGGUUUGAGCAGCAUGACAAAGAAUUCAUUGUAUUGACUUGGCCUCUAAAUUCCCCAAAUCUCAGUCCAAUCAAACAUUUGUGUAAUUUGCUGGACAAAUAAGUUCGAUCCAUGGAGGUCUCACCUCACAACUUACAGGACUUAAAGUAUCUGCUGCUAACGUGUUGGUGUGCGAUACCACCAGACACCCUCAGAAUCAAUGCCUUGAUGGGUCAGAGAUGAAUUGGUGGCAGACCAAACAAUUUCAGAGACCUGGUUUUAAUGUUAUGGUUGAUUGUUGUAUAGUACUCGGUUUGCUGUGUCUUUUAAACCAUUCCAUUAAUUCCAUUUCAGCUUAAGUUCCUUCUGGAUUGUUUUAUUGUUUAAAUAUCCCAGUGAAAAUCAUCUGUCAUAAAAUUAUAAGAUCACAAAAUAAAUCAUUUCAGUAAUAUAUUGGGUUAAAUAUUAUUCUUUUGUGCUCCAUACCGUUUAUUUUCUUCUGAGUGCAAAUGUGUCAAAUAUGUGUCUCUGAAAGGAUGUGAUUCUCACCACAAAGUUUUGCCAAAGAUGUUACUGUCAGAAUAAUAAAUCCAUAUAUUCAUAGGUAUAUUUAGAACUGAAAUUGACUUUGCUGAUUGAAUGUCUAUGGGAAAACAUUAAUCUUGGAUAAAAAAAAAACAAAUUUACCUUUAAUUUGGGCAGAUUUAUUUUAAUCUAAUGCUGUGCUGAAAUUUAAAAAAAUCUUGAAAAUAACUGAUUAAUGCUCUGCUGAUUGAUUCCUAGUGUAGCAAUAUAUGAUGGUGUGCUAUUUAUCCUUAGAGCCACAGUGUGCUGUGUGAAAGUUUUACUGAUGAUCUCAGUAACACUUGUGUUUUUUUUCUUCAAUAAAUUCAUAUGAUUUAUACUGUGCUGAAAAUAACUCCUUUACUUUCUUCAUGUUUUCAGAAGAAUACUAUUAUAAAAUGUUUAGUUUGACUAUUUAGUUUGCUAAUAUUUUAAAGCUCUGUUUCUGUUAAAUAUCAAAUAAAAAAAUGACAAUUA